UUCUGGAAGCUCAGGAUUUCUCGAACACUCUGAAGGCUUAGAAAAGCCGCUCCGCUUCCUUCUCUCAGUCUGAACCCUGCUAGGCUGUACGGUCGAGGCUACCCAUCAAUUUCAUAGCUGACUGUUCGGUACACGGAAGAGCAAGAUGCCUGAAUCACACGACCAGCCAAUGGAGGAGGAGGCUGAGACCUUUGCCUUCCAGGCUGAGAUUGCUCAGCUGAUGUCCCUGAUCAUUAACACUUUCUAUUCCAACAAAGAGAUCUUCCUUAGGGAGCUUAUCUCCAACUCCUCAGAUGCCCUGGACAAAAUUCGCUAUGAGAGUCUCACUGACCCUUCCAAGCUGGACUCUGGCAAGGACCUCAAGAUUGAAAUCAUUCCCAACAAAGAGGAGCGCACCUUGACCCUGAUUGACACAGGCAUUGGCAUGACCAAAGCUGACUUGAUCAACAACCUGGGAACCAUCGCUAAGUCUGGCACCAAGGCUUUCAUGGAGGCCCUGCAGGCUGGAGCUGACAUCUCCAUGAUUGGCCAGUUUGGUGUAGGUUUCUACUCCGCCUACCUGGUAGCAGAAAAGGUGACAGUCAUCACCAAGCACAAUGAUGACGAACAGUAUGCCUGGGAAUCUUCUGCUGGAGGCUCUUUCACCGUUAAAGUUGAUAACUCUGAGCCCAUUGGGCGUGGAACCAAGGUGAUCCUGCACCUGAAGGAUGACCAGACAGAGUACAUUGAGGAGCGAAGGGUCAAAGAGAUUGUGAAGAAGCAUUCACAGUUCAUUGGCUACCCCAUCACGCUUUUUGUGGAGAAAGAGCGUGACAAAGAAGUGAGCGAUGAUGAGGCAGAGGAGGAGGAGAAGGAGAAAGAAAAGGAUGAGGACGAUGAGGAUAAGGAUGAGGACAAGCCAGAGAUUGAGGAUGUUGGCUCUGAUGAGGAGCACGACCAUGACCACGACCAUGACAAAUCUUCAGACAAAAAGAAGAAGAAGAAGAAGAUCAAGGAGAAGUACAUUGACCAGGAAGAGCUGAACAAGACGAAGCCCCUGUGGACCCGUAACCCUGAUGACAUCACCAAUGAAGAGUACGGAGAAUUUUACAAGAGUCUCACCAAUGACUGGGAGGACCAUCUGGCUGUUAAGCACUUCUCAGUAGAGGGCCAGCUGGAGUUCCGUGCCCUGCUAUUCGUACCUCGUCGUGCUCCCUUUGACCUCUUUGAGAACAAGAAGAAGAAGAACAACAUUAAGUUAUACGUGCGCAGGGUCUUCAUUAUGGACAACUGUGAUGAACUCAUUCCUGAGUACCUCAACUUCAUCAAGGGUGUGGUGGACUCUGAGGAUCUGCCCCUGAACAUCUCCAGAGAGAUGCUGCAGCAGAGCAAAAUCCUGAAGGUCAUCCGCAAGAACCUGGUCAAGAAGUGCCUGGAGCUUUUCACUGAACUGGCUGAGGACAAGGACAACUACAAGAAGUACUACGAGCAGUUCUCAAAGAACAUCAAGCUGGGCAUCCAUGAGGACUCCCAGAACAGGAAGAAGCUGUCUGAGCUGCUGCGGUAUUACACCUCAGCCUCUGGAGAUGAAAUGGUUUCUCUUAAGGACUAUGUCACACGCAUGAAGGACUCCCAGAAGCACAUCUACUACAUCACUGGUGAGACCAAAGAUCAGGUUGCUAACUCCGCCUUUGUGGAGCGCCUUCGCAAAGCUGGCCUUGAGGUCAUCUACAUGAUUGAGCCCAUUGAUGAAUACUGUGUCCAGCAGCUGAAGGAAUUCGAGGGCAAGAAUCUGGUUUCAGUGACCAAGGAGGGUCUGGAGCUGCCUGAGGACGAGGAUGAGAAGAAGAGGCAGGAGGAAAAGAAAUCACAGUUUGAAAAUCUGUGCAAGAUCAUGAAGGACAUUCUGGAGAAGAAGGUGGAGAAGGUUACUGUCUCCAACCGCCUGGUCUCUUCCCCUUGCUGCAUUGUGACCAGCACAUAUGGCUGGACGGCUAAUAUGGAGAGGAUCAUGAAGGCCCAGGCACUGAGGGAUAACUCCACCAUGGGCUACAUGGCUGCUAAAAAGCACCUAGAGAUCAAUCCUGACCAUCCUAUUGUGGAGACCCUGAGGCAGAAGGCAGAGGCAGACAAAAAUGACAAGUCUGUGAAAGAUCUGGUCAUCCUGCUGUUCGAGACUGCCCUGCUGUCCUCAGGUUUCACCUUGGAUGACCCACAGACCCACUCCAACCGUAUCUACAGAAUGAUCAAGUUGGGACUGGGUAUCGAUGAAGAUGACCUGGCAUCAGAUGAGCCCACUUCUGCCCCAGCCGAGGACAUGCCCCCUCUGGAAGGGGACGAUGACACAUCCAGGAUGGAGGAGGUGGACUAGGCUGAUGGUGUUCAUCUGCCUGCUAGCAUUCAGCAGUAGUGUUUUACAAAGACAAGUUUGAUGUUGUUAAUGAACCAGGAAUGCCCCCCCCCCAACCCUGUAAUUACAUCUCACUCAGCCUCCCCUUUGCAUUGACCAUAUGCAGUUCAAAUUCAUUCCUUAAACCUUUUUUUUUGUUGUUGUUGUUUAAAGUCAUCACUUUUUGUAUCUUGAGUUGUAUCAAUGAUUUUUUUUGUAUUUAUUGACAUUCCAACAUUCUUUGUGUGUUCUGGCUAUUACUGUAAAUAUCUAAUCAAAAAAAUAUUCAUCCCGUUAAUGAAAACGGUGGGACCCACAAUAAAGUUUACCAUGUUAACCUGUUA